GGACAGACGGCGAAUGAAGACACUGAGCGCGCGCGGCCGUCGAGUCGUCUCGAGCUGAGCGACAGGCGGGGUGAGGUGAGUUUUCGCUCGGCUUUUUCCGAACUCGACUCCAGCACUUCUCGCGGGCCGGAGCCUCAUCUCUGUCGAAGCGAAGCGAAGCUCCUCGACUCCAACUUAGUUCCUUGUCGCGGCGCAUUUUGAAAUCCGCGCCUCGCUCAAACGGAGCUGGGGAAGCGCCGCAUCCGACAAUGUCCGUCGUGUUUACUUUUGAUUUGGACGACUUCCCGGAUCUGCUGAACGGCUCGCACGACCCCUUGCGGAACCGCUCGGGGUUCACGGUGGACCCCGACACGCUGGCGUGCGAGGCGCGACCGGUGGACCCGGCGACCGGCGCGGCGCUGAGCGCGCUCCUCACCCUCAUCUUCACGCUGGCCGUCCCCGGAAACCUGCUGGUGGCGUGCGUGAUCGGUCGCGGCCGCCGCUCGCUGACGCCGUCCGACCUUUACCUGUGCCACCUGGCGGCGGCCGACGGCCUGAUGGCGUUGACCGUCCCGUUCUGGGCGACGGCGCUGAACCACGGCUGGAUCUUCGGGGACACGACGUGCAAAACGCUGAGCCUGAUCUUCGAGGUCAACUUUUACACCAGCGUCCUGUUGCUGGCGUGCAUCAGCGUGGACCGCUACCGGGCCGUGGUGCACGCCAACCGGGCCCCCGCCGGUUCCCACGGCAAGCGCAGCCGGCUGGUGUGCGGCGUCGUGUGGGCCCUGGGCGUGGCCCUGGCGCUGCCGGCGCUCUUCAACGAGGCGGCGGGGCCGGGCGGCGGGCGGGCCGCGCCCACGUGCGCCGAGAGCUUCGACGUGGGCAGCGCCACGGCGUGGCGGGUGGCCACGCGGGCCUUCCGCCACCUGGUGGGCUUCCUGCUCCCGCUGGGCGUCAUGCUGGCGUGCUACGGCGCCACGGUGGCCCGGCUGCUGCGCACGCGCGGCUUCCGCAAGCACCGCGCCAUGCGGGUCAUCACGGCCGUGGUGGUGGCCUUCGUGGCGUGCUGGACGCCGUACCACGCGGCCACCGCCGUCGACACGCUGGCGAGGGCCGACCUGAUCCCCGUGGACUGCGAGGCCAGGCGUUCGCUCAGCGCGGCGCUGGUGGUCACCAACGCCCUGGCGCUGCUGCACAGCGGCGUCAACCCGCUGCUCUACGCCUUCGUGGGAGAGAAGUUCCGCAGAAACACCAAAGCGCUUCUUUGCGGGAAGGUCCGGCAGGAGCGGGCGUCCGGGCCCGGCUUCAGCAGGUCCACUUCCCAGACGUCCGACGGACAGGGCGCCGUCGCGUGAGAGACCCGCUUUUGGUCGCCGACGUCUAAGUCAAUGAAUCUGAAUCAAAACAUUCCGAAACGACGACAGAAAUCGCAAAUCCAAAAUGACAGCCGGAACCUUUAUAAAAUGGACUCGCAACAAAGCCCCUGGGGUCAAAGCAAGGAUGAUAUUUUGCCUUUCAAUAUAUGAAUAAUUCCAACACCAAACCAUUAAGAAAGAAAGAAAACCCUCCUCCCAAAGCAGAAUCGUGACUUGAAGACUCAAAAAUGUGGUUGUGCAAGCGCCAAAU